CGGAGGCAUUGCUACAGAGUCAGGGCUAGCGAAGACGCGCACCUAAACACGGAUGCUCGGGCACGCGGACUGUAGCAGGAGACUUAUUUCGUAGUCGAGGGACAGAGAGAAAACUUGGCUCUGUUAGUUUACUGAGCCCAGCAUGAGUUAGCUGGUUUACGUUUUGGCUGUUUUCACUGCACGUAUUUGAAUAAGACACUUCGACAUCUUUUAGAAGUGAUCCUGUUUUCGACAUGGAUAUGGAGAGAGCAUACCCAAGUGUUCGGGCACAGCUGACAGGAGUUUCAUCUGCAGAGACACAGUUUGCUGCUGGAUUAAAGGGCACACAGUGGCAUGUCACCAUGGAAGGGCAGCACAACCACCUGCAGCAUCAUCUAGAGGACCAGAACAAACUUCUUUGCAAGCUACCUGGACAGGAAUACCAGCAAGAACCUCAGAGGCAUUUGCCAUGCUAUCCUUAUCAUUGCUCAAUUGCAGACUUUCAGAUUGAGAAAAAAAUAGGAAGAGGUCAGUUCAGUGAAGUAUACAAAGCAAUAUGUCUCCUAGAUGGAACACCGGUUGCACUGAAGAAAGUUCAGAUAUUUGAAAUGCUGGAUGCCAAAGCCAGACAGGACUGUAUUAAAGAGAUUGACCUUUUAAAGCAACUGAACCACCCAAAUGUAAUUAAGUAUUUGGACUCCUUUAUUGAAAACAAUGAAUUGAAUAUUGUUUUGGAGUUAGCAGAUGCAGGCGACCUCUCCCAGAUGAUUAAGUAUUUUAAAAAGCAGAAGCGGCUAAUUCCUGAAAGGACAGUAUGGAAAUAUUUUGUGCAGUUAUGCAGCGCAGUCGAACACAUGCACUCCCGCAGGGUGAUGCACAGAGACAUAAAACCAGCAAAUGUCUUUAUAACUGCAACAGGAGUGGUAAAGUUGGGAGAUCUUGGACUGGGACGCUUCUUCAGCUCGAAAACUACUGCAGCACAUUCCUUAGUGGGAACACCAUACUACAUGUCCCCAGAAAGAAUACAUGAAAAUGGCUACAACUUUAAAUCAGAUAUCUGGUCUUUAGGUUGUUUAUUAUAUGAGAUGGCAGCACUUCAAAGUCCUUUUUAUGGAGAUAAGAUGAAUCUCUUUUCUCUUUGUCAGAAGAUAGAGCAGUGCGACUAUCCUCCUCUUCCAGCAGAGCACUAUUCUGAAAAGUUGAGAGAACUAGUCAGCAUGUGUAUAAAUCCUGAGCCUGACCAGAGGCCGGACAUCAGCUAUGUUCAUCAGAUUGCCAAACAGAUGCACGUUUGGACUUCCAGCACCUGAAGUCAUCAGAGACACUGAAGAAAUUACACAUUUUGGUCUUACUUGAAUUGUUCAGAAAAAAAAACACAAAGUGCUUUGUUAAGCCUUUGAAAGACUGCAUUUUGCCACAAUGUUAUCAUCAUCUCUGGUUUAUCUCAUGACUUUAAAACAAGGUUGAACUGAACAAUAUUUGGUUCAGAAGAGAAAGCUUUUUGUAUUACUGCUGGACAUGUUACAGUUUAAAAAUUUCAUUACAAUUUUUUUUUCUUUCAUAGUUUUUAUCCUUUGUAUACUCUGUGAUGUAACUAACAUAUUUGUGUGCCUUGUUCCUCAGGAACAGAAGGAAUCUUCAUAAUCUAAUAAUGUGAAGAUUAAUAUAAUUUGUGUAGAAGUCACUAGUGGUGUUAAUAUUAAUGUCAUGAUUUUGUUUUCAAGAAGUAUUUGUCAGAUUUGCAUUUAAAUGUUGUUGUAGUAAGUCAAGGAAAAUACUGUUUUCCAGAGUGGUCAUCUGAUACCUUAAUUUCAGAGUCCUGGUGCAGCAUGGGAUCAUAUCCAAGUAAACUCACAAAACUCUCAAAACAGUAACCACAAAAAAAACAUUUCAUUUCUUUCCUCAGUGCUUUGUCCCUUAAACCUUAAUGGCUGGAUGUAAUGCAAGGUCUUUCUUCCAGUGGACUUUAUCUUGUUGCAGAUUUUAAUUUUAUGAUUGGCCUUAUACAUAGGUACAUAUACAUGUCUUCUGUUCUACAUGACUUCUGCUUUCAGUUAGCUGUCAUUUUAUAUUUCAGAUAGCCACCAAAAGUACAAACCAAGUGUAAGUAAAAAUGAGUUCAUUGUGUUCAGAAAUUGUUGGAUAGUUAGGCAGCUGAAAAUAUAAUUGCAUACAAUUAAUUUUAUUGUAAUUAUUUUAUUACUGUUGUUUCAGAUGUAGUCUUACAGAUAAAACAAUGUAAAGGAAAACAGUGAUUAAGAUCAUGUAUCAAUGUAUUUGCUGCAACUAUCUUUAACCAAUAGCAGCAAAGCAGUAUAUUUUAUGGUAUGACUGAUAUUUUAUAAUCAGAAAGAGCAAUAAUUUGGCCUUCUGUUUCCACAGUUGAAUGACAGUAUUAACCUACCGUAGUGCAAAACCUGUUGAGCCUUCAUCAGUAAGAAACAUAUUUUUGCAAGUGUUUACUGGAGAGUUAACUCUUUAUUUGAAACAUUUAUUCAAAUGUUCAUCAGUGGCUUUCUAGCAUUAAAAAUCCUGCACUUAAAUGUUUGCACUUUACGCAGUCAUGAAGGCUGAUAUACAAAAGUUUGGUUACAUCUUUUGUAGGUUAUGAGAUUUGAAAAAUUGUGUUCAGACUAUAUAACUUUGUGCCAUUCUAGCAUUUGUUUAUGUCUGCUUUUUGAUUGAAGGAGUAGUAACUCUAUUACUAAUUUACUAAUUAUUAUUCAACAGCUUUACUUGUAAUAUAUAUAAACUUUUAUUUUUUUAUUUCAGGUAUUUUGCUAGCUUUUAUAACUCACUUUAUCUCACUGGUUUUCUUUUUAUCCUUUGAAGUCAAUAGCUGUCACAAACACACUUGCUUCUAAUCUCUUAUCCCAUGCUUGUACAGUCGCUCAGAAACACAUUAUAAGAACUACACAGACUUUAACAAAGUAUAUAUACUAGGUUUGCCACCUACCCCCUCCGAUCUGUUAUCUCAGCCACUCUGGUAGCAUAGAGGGAUAUAGCCCUGACUACAACCCAGGUUUGAAUUGUGUCUCAGUGACUGAUGGAGUGGCAGGAGAAGCAUGGACAUUACCUUCCUAGGAAGAGUGAUAUCAAGGGUGUUUCGCCACAUGAUCUCUGGUGGAGCAAGAGAUCAUGUGAAGAAGGAAUGUGUAGUCCAGUAGAAGGAUUUGGGUGGGGUCUUUGAGCAGCUGUGGAUAUGGAGCAAGAUAUCAGCAAAUCCCCAAAGUAUCCAUCCUCUGCAAGGCAGAUGGAAUCAAGGGAGGGCAAAUCUGAAAAAUCCUCCUGGCACAUUGUGAGAUGGCCAGCACCCCCCCCCCCCCCCCCAGAAACCCUUAGGCUCUGCAGCUCUGCACCAGACACAGCCCAUACAGAAUAGAUGCAGGAUUGUUGGUUAAGGUUGGUAGACUCAGUGAUGGACUUGGGCACUGGGGUUUAAAAAAAGUCUCCUAGCUCAGCCAGUACUUGUGCAGUCACUCUAGAACAUAUUUUUAGAAUUACAAAAACUUCAACAAAGUGUAUAUACUAGGUUUGUCACCUAAAAUUUACAUGACCCAUUCACUCCAUACAGUGAAACAUACAAAAAGUCAUGUUUCUCUGCAUAUUGUGUUUUCAGUCAGAUAGGGUCUAACUACUGACUUUUUUGCAGUCUAAUUUUUUUGUCAAACUAAGCUGGUAUCACUUUGUAUUACCUGGUUAGUGUCAUACAGACCAUUUUGUCUUAGAAGAGGACACAAAAUGUUGUAUCUUUGGUGAACUUUUACCUGAAAGAAACAUUCACACUUCUCAUUGCAACUUGAAGCUCAGUUCUUCUAGUGUGUCAUCUACUGCAAGGGCUAUUAUCAGUCAUAAUGGUAACUUUGUUAAGAACGUAUAGUAGUAUUUCUGAAAGGUAGAGAUGGUCUUUUGGCAAGCAUUGCUUGGCUUCCAUUCUUCCCCAUAUUAGAUUCUUCUUGCAGAAUUUCCUUUGAUAUGGGACUUGUGAAAUUUCUUACUUAUUGUUGUCUUUAUGUAGGUGCCUGGUAUACAUAAGAGCCAAGUUGCACCUGGGGUUACCUGCCUAUGAACAUACAGUUAUCCAACAGCAAAAUGUGCAGCUGAAAUAGGCAGUCUGUUAGCUGUUAUCAUCUUGUUGCUUAAUUUUGCUUGGACUAUCCUACCACUUCCUCAGAUCAGCUGUUGAAUAAGAUUUUUUUAACUAUGACACUAAUUCAUUUUCUGAUAACUGCUUUAUCCUUUUAAGUUUGUAAUGCAGUUGGCUCUUGUCUUGGCAACUCAUAGGUGUAAGGUGCAAAACUUACCAUGGGUAGGACUCCUAUCCAUCGCAUGAUGCUCAUGCCUGCUAACCACUUGACACGUCACACACACACACACACACACACACACACACACACACACACACACCAACACACCUACAGGCAUUGAGAGGAUAGCCAGUUCAAGUACACACACACGUCAUUGGGCUGUGGGGGAAAAAAACUGCAACACCAAGUGAAAACCCACAUGGACAAAGUGUGUACCUUUACAGUUUUGGCUGUUUUUGUAAAACAUUUAAGAUUGUUUAUCUUGUCCCCAGACAGGAUUAUAAAAAAAGGAAGAAGACUUCACUAAGCUAGACAGGUUUGUUCAUAGGUAGGUACUAGGCUAUUGGCCCUGGGGCCUAUACAAGCCCAGCCAAAAAGGUACCCUGGCUUUUG